GAUGGCUCUCCAAGUUCAUGAAAGGUUAACCAUACAACCUUUUCCUCCACUAUAAAACAUGCAGAUCCUGUUACACCUCGUUUCAUCAAAAACUGCAAAUAUCAUAUCAAUCUUGUCUGCUGCGUCCUAAAAUUAAAGCCUGAAAUAUAUAUAGAAAUGAGUUUCACAGAAGAACAGGAAGCUCUGGUGGUGAAGUCCUGGGAAUCAAUGAAGAAGGACGCCGGAGAAUGGGGCCUCAAAUUCUUUCUCAGGAUAUUCGAAAUCGCACCGUCGGCGAAGAAACUCUUCCCUUUUCUCAGGGACGACGAUUCCGGUACUCCGUUGCGCCAAAACGCAAAGCUCAAGACCCACGCCAAGUCGGUCUUUGUUAUGACAUGUGAAGCUGCGGUGCAGCUGAGGAAAGCCGGAAAAGUUGUGGUGCGAGAGUCGAGUUUAAAAAGGUUGGGUGCAACGCACUUCAAAUAUGGGGUUGUGGAUGAGCAUUUUGAGGUGACGAAGUAUGCAUUAUUGGAGACCAUGAAAGAAGCAGUACCAGAAAUGUGGUCAGUUGAAAUGAAGGAUGCAUGGGGAGUGGCCUAUGACCAGUUGGUUGCUGCAAUCAAGACUGAGAUGAAGCCUUAACUUAAUCCCAUUAAAAAAAUAUCACUAAAUAAACUAUGUACUUGGUGUCUUUUUAUUUUAUUUUAUUCUAUUAUGAAUAGUAUCAAUAU